AUGGAUGAGGUGUUGGAGCAGUGGAAAGGCAAAGCCUGCAAAUGUGAUUGUCAAGGGGAGCCCAACUCCAUCUGGUCGAGCGGAACCACAAUGAUGGAAUGCAUGCCAGAGUGCCCAUAUCACAGACCGCUGGGCUUUGAAUCUGGAGCCGUCACUCCAGACCAGAUCAGCUGCGCCAGUGAGGAUCAGUACACCGGGUGGUAUUCCUCCUGGACCUCCAACAAGGCGAGACUCAACGGACAAGGCUUCGGGUGCGCUUGGCUGUCCAAGCUCCAGGACAGUAACCAGUGGCUGCAGAUUGACCUGAAGGAGGUGAAGGUGAUAUCAGGCAUUAUCAGCCAGGGUCGCUGCGAUGCCGACGAGUGGAUAACCAAGUACAGCAUCCAGUACCGCACUGACAAGAACCUCAACUGGGUCUAUUACAAAGAUCAGACUGGAAACAACAGGGUGUUCUAUGGGAACUCUGACAGGACUUCUUCAGUACAGAACCUCCUUCGCCCCCCUAUCGUCUCCCGAUACAUCAGGUUGCUGCCGAUGGGCUGGCACACACGCAUCGCAGUGAGAAUGGAGCUGCUGGAGUGCAUGAACAGGUGCGUCUGAGCCUGAACCACAGGCCUGGAGUACACUUGUGUGAGUUCACUUUCACCAAAGUGGAACACAAAAACAAACCAAAACAUCCUUAUAAUCUAAAAAACAAGUUUUAUACUUGAACAUUUCAAACAAGUGCAAGCUUGCUUACUCUACAGGUCUAAAUGUGUUAUUUGGGUCUCUGUGGAAUACUGUA